AUGGUGUCAGAUGCACAAGUCACCAUGACAUGGGUUGCGCCGCACAUGCAUCGUGGCUCAAGCUGCCUCAAGUCCAAACGAGCCAUUUCAAUUCCGGCGCGAGAGCUCUUUGAGCGAAUGCAGACUUACUUGAUUAUCAUUGCGUGCAGCUUGGCUCAUGGUGUUGCAAAGCUCGCCACUGAUGUACCCGGCCAAAUUUUUGAGGAAGCUUCCUCAGUCCGCGAGCUUGAAAUCAUUGCUGGUGUUCACGACUUCCUUACGAGUGCCACCACACUGUUCGAGAUGAAGGCAGCACUCGGCCGUAUCAAGGCUACACCCAAGACUAGCAUGAACUUGGACGAUGCCAGUCUAGCCAGAGUCCAGCAGCUGGGUACAAAGGGUAUGCUUGCUGUAGCUGGUCUGCCAUGGAAUGUCACUUCAGGAGCCUUCUUAAGUAUGCGCAAACACCUUUUCUCUCCUGCCGCUCACACAGAUUCCUUGUACAUUGAUGCUUUCAAGGAGGGCUGUGGCAAGUUCGCGCAGCCACUUGUCAGCUGGGCGGAUCAUACGGCUGGCACGCACAAAGCAGGGUCGGCACUUCACAAAGCUACCCUGCAUGCAGGUUUUGGUUUUGGAUUUGGUUUCCAAGUUUGGUGCGGGUGCAACAUGCUGCUUUCUUCAGGUGCAGGCUUUGGCCAAGGAUUUAGCAUCUACCCAAACCAUGAGAUUGACGGAGGUUUCGGAGGAGGUGGUGGCCUCGAAGCCUUUCAGAAGCAAGGCAAAUCAAACAAGACGGCCUUCCAUGUCGGUGGAGGAGGAGGAGGUGACUUGACAACGUGCAACACAGACGAGGACUCAGAUCAAAUCAUUCCGAAGUUUGCAGCAAGCAUGGCUGGCCUACAGAAGGGCCUAAUUCUGCCACUCGUCAAGACAUGCCCCAAGGGAGACCUAAGCCUCGUUGGUAGUGGCGAAGGAUCGAGCAGUUUCGCGCUCAACUGGAAGACUCGGGAUCCCGUGCAGUUUUCGGAAGAGUUUGAGAUCACGUUCGCGUCUGCAUACGCAAGCGGGAACGACCGCCGCUGUUCUGGAAUCAUAUCCAAGAAUGCAGGCGACUCAAAGAGGGAGAGCAACAUCAGCAUGACCGUUCAGACCGAGUGUAACAAGCAGUGUUCAGGGCAGCCUUAUUCAGAAUGUGGCUGCCCAUGUAUGAAGAAAGGCUAUUUGCGUCAUAACCAGAGCUGGGCGAAGAAGAUCGAGUGUGGGAGCCUUGCAAAUUCCAUUGUCGUGUGA